AUGCUUCCUGCCGCGCCUGCUGCUGCACCUCGUGCUCGCUCCUCUGCCUCUCGGCCACGCUCGCCCUCGCCGCCGCACCGUGCCUCGUCGCGCCGUGGCCUGCCCGACGCCGGUCCGCCACCGACGCACUCGCUGCCCGCGCCGCCAAACGGCCACGCGCACCUGACGUCGUGCGACGUGCAAACGAUCAACAACAUCAGGUUCAACGUCGGCAACCGCUACCGCGUCUGCGACGUCAUCGGCGAGGGCGCGUACGGCAUCGUCUGCUCCGCCAUCCACCGCGCUACGGGGCAGAAGGUGGCCAUCAAGAAGAUCCAGCCGUUCGAGCACCAGAUGUUUGCGCUGCGCACGCUGCGCGAGCUCAAGCUGCUGCGCUACUUCCAGGAGUGCGACGUGUCGGAGAACAUCAUCAGCAUCCUCGACAUUGUCAAGCCGGCGUCGUACGAUGUCUUCCAGGAGGUCUACCUCAUCCAGGAGCUCAUGGAGACGGACCUGCACCGCGUCAUCCGCACCCAGAAGCUCUCCGACGACCACGCGCAAUACUUCACGUACCAGAUCCUGCGUGCGCUCAAGGCGAUGCACUCGGCCGACGUCAUCCACCGCGACCUCAAGCCGAGCAACCUGCUCCUCAAUGCCAACUGUGACCUCAAGGUGUGCGACUUUGGCCUGGCGCGCAGCAUCCGCACCGCCGACCCGGGAGGCGAGACGGGCUUCAUGACCGAAUACGUCGCCACGCGCUGGUACCGUGCGCCGGAGAUCAUGCUCACCUUCAAGCAGUACACCAAGGCCAUCGACGUCUGGGCCGUCGGCUGCAUUCUGGCCGAGAUGAUCACGCAGCGCCCCCUCUUCCCCGGCCGCGACUACCACCACCAGCUGGCGCUCAUCCUCGACGUGCUCGGCACGCCGUCGAUCGACGACUUCUACUCGAUUGGCUCGCGCCGCUCGCGCGACUACAUUCGCGCCCAGCCGUUCCGCAAGAUGAAGGACUUUGCCAAGCUCUUCCCGACGGCCUCGCCUGCCUGCCUUGACUUCCUCAAGAAGACGCUGGCCUUUGACCCCAAGAAGCGUCCCACCGUCGAGGAGUGCCUCGCCCACCCGUACCUCGCCGCCUACCACGACCCGGACGACGAGCCGACGUGCGAGUCGCUCGAGCCCGACUUCUUCCGCUUCGACACGCAGAAGGCCACCAUCACCACCGAGGACCUGCGCGGCCAGCUGUGGGAGCAGAUCGUCGACUUCAAGCCGCUCGUCUGA